UCUGUUUAAGUGUGUGUGGUCAGCAUCUCAACUUUGUCCCACUUUCUCCGUUUCCCCGGAUCUCAUCGGGACUGAACUCGACCUGGGUACAGGAUGUCUCGCGCUGCGGACAGACUCAAACUGCUGAUCCAUCAUCUGGAUCGACCACAAGCCGCGAUCCGAGCAGCACCGACCUCAGCUCAAACCCUCACGCACAGCAGCCAGCCACACAGACUGAGAUACACCUUAGAGACGGACCUGCUUAGCCCAGAGCAGCGACUCUUCUAUGAGGAGAAUGGCUUCAUCCUCAUCAAGAACCUGGUGUCGGAGGAGGACAUCGACAAGUUCAGGAAGGAGUUUGAACGCAUCUGUCGACAGAGAGUGAAAGUUCCCGGCUUGGUGGUGAUGAAGGACGUGGCAAUCGUCAAGUCAGAGUUUGUCCAGGAUCAGAGGGCCGUCUCUAAACUCCAGGACUUCCAGGAGGAUCCAGAGCUGUUCCGGUACUGCAACUUACCACAGAUCCUGAAGCAUGUGGAGUGUUUCACUGGACCAAACAUCAUGGCCAUGCACACCAUGCUGAUCAACAAACCUCCUGAUGCAGGUAAGAAGACGUCCCGUCACCCGAUGCAUCAGGAUCUGCACUACUUCCCGUUCCGACCGGCCGACCAGAUUGUCUGCUCCUGGACGGCCAUGGAGAAAGUGAACAGGCAGAACGGCUGCUUGGUCGUCCUGCCAGGAACUCACAAGGGCACGCUGAAGGAGCAUGACUACCCCGAGUGGGAGGGUGGGGUGAACAAGAUGUAUCACGGUGUGCGAGGCUAUGACUCGCAGCACCAGAGGGUGCACCUGGAGAUGGAGAAGGGCGACACCGUCUUCUUCCAUCCGCUGCUCAUCCAUGGCUCCGGCAUGAAUCAGACUCAGGGCUUCCGCAAGGCCAUCUCCUGCCACUACGCCAGCGCUGAGUGUUAUUACAUCGACGUGAAAGGAACCACACAGGAAAACAUAGAGGAGGAGGUGAAGGAGCUUGCGUCCAGGAAGUACGCUAUGGACGAAAUCUCAUUCAAGGAUACCUGGGCUUUCAGAGGUCGUCUGGUGCAGGGAGAGAGGGUCUCACUGUGAGGACGCCAUUGAUCAGAAGACGGCAGAAGGACGGCAGAGUGACCAAUCACUGAGCUGAGAGGAGAGAAGGCUAAUAUAGUGCUGAGCUUCUUAAAGUAAAAUCCCUAAAUUCCUUUUACAGAGGAAGAAAUUAAGACUACUUAACUGUACAAUUUAAUCAUGCUCAGAAGAGUUGGGAGAUUUGUUCUGGAAAAGGUAAUGUGGUCCUAAGAGAAAGCAUAAAGACAGGGAAUCAGAUUUAAAUGAAAUAUAUAAAAUUUAAGUCAUCAGAGUUCUGAGGAAAAUCACUACUCUGACUUUCUUUCAAACCUCCUGCUGCUUGUUUUGCAGCACAAAAUAAAGCUGAAUUGGCACUUUAAAAAAAAACAGACCUGUGUGGAACAGUGGAAAAAGCAGUAAUUCACCAAAACCUUCAAAGAAAGGGAUGUUAAGUGCACAGAUUUAAGCCUGAGAAAGACUUGUGGUAUGUUGCGUUGAUGGGAAAAAUUAGAAUUGCUGAUUGGCUGAUAAAAGCACUAACAUGGGUCGUGAUAUAUCUCUAGGAACUGAUAAGCAGAUCCGAAAUUUAAUUUGGGAUUUGGUUCUAAUUCGUAACAGAGUUUAGGAUCUCGACCCAAGCCUUGACCUUUUAAACUGCCUUAUAAACUUAUCACUGUGUACAUCAUCUGCUUUCUGUUGGUUGAUAAUGAGUGAGUGGGUUUUAACAUUGUUUGUAUGAUAAUUAUAAAGUUUUAAUAGGAUUAAUAAUAAAACAUUGCUGCUAUAAUAAUGA